GCUAGAUCUAGACUCCGCCCUUCGCAGCGUUUGCCAGUCAGAACGACUGACGGAAAAAAAAAAAGCGAACAGAGAAGCGCGGGGCUUUUCGGCAAUGAUGCAGAGGACAACGCAUCUAGGAGGAGAACACGGCGGGUACAAAACCAAGUGCGUAGGAGGGGAGGUCACGAAGUCGAUCGAUUUCUCAUUGCAAACUGCUUGUGUUGUCUUCCUUCCCGUCCCAGCAUCUCUCACUUCGCUGCAAGCGCCAUAGCUUAGCAGUAAGUUCUUUCCACUUUCGUCCUUGGGCCUUGUAGAUCCAGGAAGAGUACUCUUAGCCGAGAAGAUGGCACGCAGUGCUUUUUUGGUGAUGGUGGUGUUGGUAGCUUCGGUGUUCGCUACUGCUAGCGCGGCUGAUCUUUUUGGCACUCUCCAGAGCGAUCAACGGUUCAAGGUCGUGGUGAAGGCCCUCGUCGACACACAGGAAGUCGACGCUCUCAGAGAUCGAUCCAACGGAUCAGUGCCGUUCGUCUUCAUCGCGCAGACUGAUGAGGACCUCGAAGUGGGCCUCGGAUCUGAUGGUCUGGCGUGCAUCACUCGGCCUGAGCACGUGAAGGACCAUAUGGUGCAGAUUCUGCGAUUCAUGGAGGUGGGACCCUUGUCGCGUCCGGUGAAGACCGCAGCGGAUCUGCAGGCGGUUGCAGUCGACAACAAACUGCCGACCAUCAACGGCAUGCCGAUCUUCGUGGAGCCGGCGACGACAAGCGGAGUCAUCCUCAGGGGCGAUGCUGUGCAAGAGCAGUUCUCGGCAACGGUAGCAGAGGUGAAGCAGAUCAACGCGAACGUGGCUCUGGUCGUCCUUUCGAACGGUUUCCUUGUCCCCGCACAGGUCGACGAGCAAAUCACGAUGGCCUGCUUCCCGUCCGCAGCAUCGUCGUCCUCCCCCGCAGUUCCCGUCGCCGCGUCAUCGAAGCAUGCCCCGAAGUCCAAGAACGCCCCGUCAUCCAACGCUGCAGAGUCUGCUCCCUCAUCUUCGCAAUCUGCGCGUAGAAAGAUGCUCCGUGGAUUCUGGUUGUAAGACAGAGAGAGAGAGAGAGAGAGAGAGAGAGAGAGAGAGAGAGAGAGAGAGAGAGAGAGAGAGAGAGAGAGAUGGUGACGAAUUAGGGAAUUCAGUUGCUGGGAGGGUAGUCUUGGUGGCUCUGAUAACACCUUCUGAUCUGUUUUCUGCAGCGGAGUAAUCACUGGUAUCGGUAGGUAGAAGAAAUAUACUCAAUUGCUCUCUCUCGCGCGAGUGUCCCAUCGUUAGGUCGCGUGCUGCGCUGACCGUCGAUGAAAGUCUCGAGUGUGGGAUCGAUGGGACGCCGCGCAACGGAAUGCUUUAAUAACCGGGACGGCAACGAUCAAGCAAUUUUCAAGAAGCCUUACGGGUUUCGAUCUGUGGAUAUUUGGAUCGAGGAGCGAAGAAGCGAAGAGGUAACAGCUAGAAUAGU